AUGGUCAAACAGUACCCAGCUCGGGUGCUGAGGGAUAUCAAGCGGAGAGAAGCCUUUGCCUCCACAGAGCUACUGCGGAAGGCGUACCUCUAUGUCGCGCGCAACGAGAUGCUGCCGGUCCAACAGAUACGGACACAGGCACAGCUCUCACUGCAGUCGCCUGCGAUCUUCUCUACGGCAAGCAGACCCUCUGCGCCCAAGAACAGGUGCGUAGAGACCGGACGGGGCAGAGGUGUGCUUGGCAAGAUUGGACUUUGCAGGCAUCAAUUUAAGCUCAAGGCUACCCGUGGUGAGCUCAACGGGUGGAGCAAAGCAUCUUGGUAG